AUGUUUAAAGCUAGUAGGAGUAAUCAAUAUCAAAUCAAUUAUCAAAAAAUUGCAACUCGAUUGUACUUAUUUAUUCUUCUCAUUCCGUUUAUUAUAAUUAGUUUUUAUUUAUUACUUAAUGAAGAUCUUCAAGAAAAAACAAUUCAUCAACCAUCGGAAUUUCAAUAUAAAAAACUUGAAAAAGCUUAUUCUUCAAAUCUUUAUUGUCCAUGUUCAACAGUCUUAAUGAAUUAUUCAACAUUUAUUACGAUUGAAUCUUACUUUCAUCAAGUAUGUUCAAGUGAUUUAAUAUCAGAUGCAUGGAUUAAUUAUAUCAAGGGUGACGACAUAAUGAACGAUUAUCUUGCAAUAUUUGACUAUCAAAAUUCUGGUGUAUUCCACUUUCAUUUAUUGUCAUUAUUAUGUCAGCAUGCUCAACAAACAGUUAAUAUUCGUAUCAAAACAUUUCUUCAAACACAAUUUCUUUCUUCACAAAGUAUUUCCCAAAAUCGAUUUGAAGCUAAAAUUAAUUCAUCUAUUAAUGAUUGGAAGUCUAAAACUAUUGAUCAAUUUUUAGAAACAAUAAAAAUAUUUCAAGCUGUAUCACAUGGAAAUCAACUUGUUAGUGAGCUGUUUCAUAAUUAUAUUCCUCAUAUAGACUCAAAUGAUGCAAAAAUAAAUCUUGAAUUAGUAGAAUAUUUCAAUUGUUCAUGCACUUUAUCUUCAUCAUGCCUUAUCCCUAUCGGUCUAUACGGUAGCGAUGUAUACUAUUUGGAGACUCCAGUAUUAUUUAAGAAAAUCCCAAAUUUUUUUCUGGGUUGUUCCCAAAUCGAAGGAUUAAUGAAAUCAACUUUAGAAUGUUUUUAUAAUCUAUCAUGUAUGAUUGAAUUCGAUCAAUAUUUUAAUUCUCCUUAUGGAUCAUCUUUUAAUUUUUCAAAUUUAAAUGAAAAUUUGAAUCAACCAAACGAAACAAUCGAAUUAAUUAUCAAUAGACUUAUGAUUGAUUCUUGGACAUCAAAUAUUUCAUUUUCUUCAUAUUAUAAUAAAUGUUCUCCGGUAUCAUGUACAUAUGAAUAUAUUAGUCGAAAUGAUUUAUUCUUAAGUAUAACAACAAUUCUUGGUAUUUUUGGUGGUUUGUCUCUUGGAUUAAAACUACUUACCUUGAUUAUUCUUCGAUUUAUUGAGAAUAUAAUCAAUAAUAAUAAUAAUUCUUUUAAUGGAUUUAUAAUAAUGAUAAAAAGCUUAUUUGUUUGUAAUACUGAACAACGUCUUAUUAAUCGACUUCAUUUGAUUUUUCUUUUACUAAUAUUAUACUUAAUAUUUAUAUUUUCUGCUUUUAAACCAAAAAAAGUUAUUGCUCAAAUAAUAAAACCAUCACUUUUAAAUUAUAAAGAUUUAUUAAAAGAUCAUUCUUAUUCUCUUCAAUGUUCUUGUUCACAAAUAUCUAUUCCAUAUGAAACAUUUCUCUAUAUUGAACUUCGUUUUCAUGAUUUAUGUUCAAGUCAAUUUAUUUCUGAUGAAUGGAUUCAUUAUAUUUAUGACGAAGGUAAUCUUUCUCGUCGAUUUUCAUUUGAUGAUUAUCGUUAUUCAGCUCCUGGACAAUUCCUUUCACUUUCUUCACUUUGCAAACUUGGUCAAGAAAAAGUACAUCAAAUCCGUUCGCAAUUUCUGACAAGUUAUUUUAUAAAUUCUCAGCUUUUACCUGAAAAUCUUUUAAUUGAACAAAUUGAAAUAAUUCUAAAUCAAUUUCAAUUAACUGCAUCCAGAUCAUUUAUUAAUCUUUUUAAUUUAAUUCGUGAAAUAAUUGGUUCGAAUAUGAUUAUGAGUGGAUGGAUCACAAAUUGGGAGUAUACUCUUGAAAAUGAAUAUUAUUUUUAUUUACCUGUACAUACAGUACCUGUAAGUUAUGAUCAAUGUAAUUGUGGAUUAUCAUUUAAAUGUACUCAACCAUCAGGAGAUAUGAUGAGUGGUUGUUAUCCACUUGAAUCUAUUCUUCAAACAAAACUUUCCUGCUUUUAUGAUCAAAAUUGUAUAGAUUCAAAUGGAAAUUUUACGAGAUUAAAUAUGUCAACAUUGGAAAAAAGUCAAUUUAAUUUAAAUUCAACAGUUGAAUCAAUUUUAAAUAAUUUAGCAAUUGAAGAGUAUAAAAUUGAUUUAUCAUAUGAAAAUUAUUUUAAUCAAUGUAAACCGCUAUCAUGUUCAUAUUCUUAUAUUGAAACUCAUGAUGUAACUCAAACAAUAAUAUCUCUUAUUUCUCUUUAUGGUGGUUUUGUUCUUAUAACUCGUUGUUUAGCAAUUAUUUUUGCUAAAUUUUAUGAACAUAUAAAAAAUCCAAUUAAUCCCGAAGCUCCUCAGCAAAAUACUUAA